AUGGAUAUAAGCAAAAUUAGGGAUCUUUUUCCAUUGGUGUCAUUUGAAAGUGUGAUAACAUUAUUCAAAAAACAAUUGGAGGAUAAAGAUAAGGAUCCAGAUUUGAGUUUGCUUUCAAUUUGUUUGGGAUUCAUAGAAAAUGUCCUUUGCAAGGAAAAUACAAAUCGUUCAAAUACAUUCCCAAUUCUCGAUUAUGAGACAGUCGAUACUCUUUACAAAAAGUUUAAAUCGAUUGUUGCCAUUGCCGAAACUUCAUUUCAACAAUCAUCAGAAAAGAAGUCGAAAAAGAAAGAUGAUAAUAAAGAACCGAAAGUAGCGACGAGGGAGAAAAUUAAGAAAAUUUCUGAUGUCAUUUGGAAUUCUCUCCUCCGAUCAUCCUAUAAGGAUCGAGCACACUUGCAAAGUGUCUACAGCUAUUUGACAGGAAAUAAGUUAGAUUCUUUCGGUGUUGCACUAGUAACUGUCGCCGCUUGCCAAAUCCUUAACUACAAAGAUGUGCAUUUAGCUUUAAGCGAAGAUCAUGUGUGGAUAGUGUUUGGGAUAACUGGAGAUGAAACGAUGGAAAUAACAUGGCAUGGAAAAGGAGCAGAAGAUAAGCGAGGACACUCAGUGAUUCCUGGAAUAGAAGCUCAAACAUGGCUUUAUUUAGCUGGUCAUCCAAUCAUCUGCACUCGCUAUACAGAACUCGCAGCUAUGGUUUUAUCCUUAAACCCUCAACUUAAUCAAACAAGCGUUUGUGCUGAAAUUGCUGACUUACAACAACAAUUAUUGUGGAUUCUCUACGAUGCUGGCCAUUUAUCAACUUAUCCAAUGGGCAUAGGAACUUUGGGUGAAUUAGAAGAAAGUCAUCCAACAGAGGAUCGACCGAGUUGUGAACAGUUGUAUGAAGAAGCGAUUCAAUCAGCAAUCACACAUUACAGUAAUCAUCAUGUUUAUCCAUAUUCAUACAAAGGAAGUUAUUAUUAUCGUCGUGAGAAUUUUCGUGAUGCAUUUCGAUGUUGGGCUGAUGCUAGUGAUGUCAUAAGAUUAUACAAUUAUUCUCGUGAUGACGAGGAGAUUUAUAAGGAAUUUUUGGAUAUAGCUAACGAGCAGAUUCCCCAAAUAAUGAAGACGGAAUCGAGCGGUCAUUCUGCAAAAAGCAUUCUAAGAGAUCCUUAUUGCUUUGGCAAUCUUUUAAAGUUCUACGAUGGUAUAUGUCAGUGGGAGGAAGGUUCACACACUCCCAUUCUGCACAUUGGAUGGGCAAAACAACUCUGCUAUACCAUAUCGAAAUUUGACUAUGAUAUUCGAUCUCAAGUUAAAAUAAUUAUCAAAUCUGAUUAUGAUGAUGAUAAUAAUAAUAAGAAGAAUGAAAUUUGUUCAACGAAUGAUGAGCAAAAGCAUGAAGCAAAAGAUGAAAAUAUGAAAUGUGAAGAAUCAAUGAAAAGUCCGAAGAUUGAAGAAAAAGUUUUCUCACCAGCAUCGAGGGAAACUCUCGCAUCACCACAAUCGAUGGCAUCUUCACAACUUGCAUCACCAAGCACAGCUUCGGUAGAUGAUAAUAGAAGUGAAGUUUUGAAAUCGGAAGAGGAUCAAAGCAAUGAUACUAAUAAUAAUGGCAAGUCGGAACAUUACGAUGAUUUUGAAAUUAACACACCAAAAAAGCCGAUCAUAGCGUUGAAGUCGAGGAAAAUGAAAGGAUUAAAGGAUCUCUUGCUGGCUGAGAAGCUCAACACGAAUGCGAUAUCACUUCAAAUCACAGCACAAAGUCACAUUGGAAAGAAGUCUCGCAGUUCAAUCGGUAUCGAAGAUAACGGAGCUGAUGCUGCGCGACCUAAACGAUCAAGGAGGGAAUGA